UCGAUUUGUUGACAGAGGGCGCUUUUUCAAGAUGUCGGGUGGUCCGCUUGUAAAUAAUUUUGAAGUCCCUUCUUGGGCUGGAAAACCAGCUCCAGGCCUACAUUUGGAUGUAACAAAGGAUACAAAGUUAGUUCAGAAAUUGAUGAUAGAUGAGAAGAAGUGCUAUUUUUUUGGUCGUAACAAGCAGAUGUGUGAUUUCUGUAUCGACCAUGCAUCAUGUUCCCGGGUGCACGCAGCUCUCGUAUGGCAUCGGCAUCUCUCCAGGCCCUUCCUCAUAGACCUGGGCAGUACACAUGGCACUUACAUUGGCCACAUCAGACUGGAAUCAAAGAAGCCCCAACAGAUCCCAAUAGACAGCGAGAUCCACUUUGGAGCUUCGACCCGUAUCUACAUCAUCCGGGAGCGGCCCCAGAUCUCCCAGGCAGAUGAUGGGGACCAGGCUGGGGACAAAGAUGGGAACCUGUUAGGACUCCCAGAGAACGAGAAUGAGCUAGAUAACCUAACAGAGUUCAACACUGCCCACAACAGACGAAGUAUGCCCCUGCAGGAUAACAAAGAUGCUUCAAACCCACUAAAAAGAAAACACAAAAAUGUCAAUAUCACAUUCUGUGAGGACGAUGAAAUUAUAAAUCCAGAGGAUGUUGAUCCCUCCAUAGGAAAGUUCAGAAAUCUUGUCUCUACACAUGUAAUUGCAACCAAGAGAGCCAAGAUAGACACAGGAUUACCACAGGGAACAAUGACGGACAACAUCACAAAACGUUUACAGAGUUUCUCGUACACACAAACCUUGUAUGACCAUGCUCCUGGGUCAGGACUCACUGCAGCUAGCUCAUUCAGUAUGGCCUCAAAACUAGGCGUGCCAUUACCAAACCUUGCUCCGAAUGUGGACGAAGACAUUGUCGUGCCCCAGAUAAAUCCAACUCCAUCAGUGACUAUUGGGCCUGAGGAUGUGUCAAAGGAGCCAAAGAAAAAGAAAUACGCAAAAGAAGCAUGGCCUGGAAAAAAGCCUACACAUUCAUUACUGGUGUGACCUGUGUGCAUGUGUUUUAUAAGUGCAGUAUUUUUUAUAAUAUUUGGAGCAGAAGCCUGUGACUGUAUUCAUGGCUAGGGCAACUGUGCAUGGUGGUUUCCACACAACAUUAUUGCAGCAUAUUAUUUAAAUCAUUGUUGUGCAAGUAAUGUCCUUUCACUAUUAUGUAGUAUGUAUAGGUACCGUAGUUUGAUUUGCUUCAGCAUGAAAAACAUCUUUGUUGGAAAAAAGUAACAAGGAGAAUCAUUUAGCUCUUCGUUCAUUUAUAUUUCAUUAAUUAAAACUAUGAAUUCUUUAUUCAAUUAUGAAAAAAAUGCAUUUGAAUUUUGUUAAAAUAGGACUGUUUCACUUUGAGAUGUCCAAAAAUUAUUUUUCUUGUCUCAACAAAGAAGCCCUUUCCAUGCUUGGAUCAGAUGAAACCACCCACCUUGUGUUCCUAUGCAUUUUAUUUCAGUUGCACCCUUUAAACUGUUGUUGUAGCAAAGGGUUUUAAUGACAUUGCAUUUAAUGCAAAAUGUUAAGAAUAAAUUAUAUUGAAUUUG